CUUCAUUUAGUGAUAAUGGUUCAACUAUCACCGUCCAGCUUGGAUCGUUGGACCUCAAUGAGAUAAAGCGACUGCCUAAUCUGGGAACUGAGCGCAACAAUACAUACAUGUCUAUAGACAACGAUACCAUAACUGAUAUGGUUGGUAUAUACAACACAGAAACAGUCUCCAGGCAGGCAAUUCGGGCUACUAGAGUUGAAAGUGAUGUCUCACAACCAGAGCUUGUUAGCUUUGUAUUCAACCUGACAGAGGGUCAAUUAUAUCUCACCUUCUCAGAAACAGUUAAUGCUGGCACUCUAAACGUAGACAGUAUACUCGUGCAGAACUCUAGCAACAUGUUUCUUGACAGAGUAAUGUUGAGGAGCACCAGAGGGUCAUUGACUGAGAGUGAAGACAGCACAGAAGUCAUUGUUACGGUUGGACGAGAUGAUCUGAAUGACAUCAAACGUAACCGCCUCCUAGGAACCAAUACCAGUAACACAUAUUUGUUUCUAGAGGAUGAUGUCAUUGAAGAUAUGAAUGAGAAUCUGAAUGUACCAAUUUACAACCCUUUUGGUUUGCCGGCAUCCAGUGUGUACCAAGAUAGGGCCAGGCCUUUCCUACUGGGUUUUACACUGGACCUGGACUUAGGCUGGCUGAUUCUCACAUUCGACGAGACAGUCGAAACAACAAGCCUGGCGGUUGAUCAGAUUAUUCUGCAGAACGUAAAAAACGCCUCCAAUCUUCAGUACAUUGAGGAUUUGUCUGGAUCAGGAUCUGGUUUUGUAUUCUCAGGUGACAGCUUCAACAUUAGUGGAUCUGGUGCCACUAGUGGGUCUGGUGAUCUGAUGAUCAUACAAAUAGAUGUUCAGUCAAGGAAACUGACUGCUGGAGACCUGCCACUGGAGUCCCUCACAUUCUCUGACGAUGAUCCUGUUGUGGUAGUGGUCUUGGGUGAGCAUGACCUCAAUGAAAUCAAACGUCUUGGAGACCUAGCUACAAAUGAGUCCAAUACAUUUAUAGCACUGUCAUUGGGAACAGUAGUGGACAUGAACAAUAAUCAAGUUGUACCGGUAGAGCAAAGUAAUGCAAUAAUGGCAGAGAGGAUCCUGCUUGAUGAAAAUCCACCUUACCUCAGACACUUUCACCUUGACAUGGAUAAAGGGCAACUUUUGCUCACCUUCAAUGAAACUGUGAAUGCCUCCAGCUUCAACCCUUCAAAAAUCAUAGUCCAGAGCUACCAGUCAGCCCCUGCAUCGUUGCUUCAUAACAUAGUGGAUGGUAGAGUUCUGAGUAACGAUUCAACAGUUGUAAUUAUUGAGAUUUCCGAUGGUGAUUUGAACCGAAUAAAGCAGAUCCCAGCUCUAGCAACCACUACCGAAAACACAUACGUGAGGUUUCUCUACGAUGGAAUCAGAGACAUGUUUGGUAAUUCAAUUCAAGAGGUUGAAACCAGCGAUGCUCUAAAGGCAAGGAAUUACACAGAGGACAAAACGUCACCUGUACUUCUUAGUUUCGAUCUGGAUAUGGACACAUCAGACCCAGAACUCAUUCUGACAUUUGACGAGACAGUAAACACCAGCUCUCUUAAUGUCGAGGGAAUACUGCUACUUGGGUUCAAUAGCAGUCUCAGUGGUGACUACUUUAUGCUAACAAACUCUUCAGUUACUUUUGAUCCUUUCUCUACUGAAGUAACGAUUGUACUCUCGAAAGAAGAUGCGAAUGAAAUCAAGCGUCUUCCUGAUCUUGCCGUGGAUCAAUCUUCCACUUACAUCUCCAUACAGGGUUUCACUAUUGAGGACAUGAAUGGAAAUGAAGUCAAUGAAAUAUCUCAGUUUAAUGCGACCCAAGUGAGUAAUUAUACGGUGGAUGAAAACAAACCAAUACUUGUCGAGUUUCAUCUUAACUUAGACACAAACCAACUUGUCCUGACAUUUAAUGAGACAGUGAGCUCAAGCUCCACCAUGUUUGAGCUGAUACAAGUCCAUUCUGACCCUGAAAUCGAAACGUCUACACGCAUGGUCACUCUGACAGGUGACUAUGUUGUGAACGACAACUCACAUGUCCUCUACAUACAGCUCAACCAGAGUGAGGCUAACACGAUAAAACUCCAUGAAGACUUUGGUACAUUGCCCAGCAACACGUAUGUCACUACCUCCAAUGGAGCUGUCAAUGAUGUCAGCACCAAUGCCAACCCACUCAUAGCCAGCACACAGAGUGCAAGCCACAUAGUCCCAGACAGAACUAGUCCUGUUCUCGACAUGUUCAGUGUGGACUUGAAUGCGGGGAUACUCAUACUCGUUUUCAAUGAGCCAGUAAAUGCCUCGACAUUUGAAGCCUCAGGACUGACUGUACAGAAUGCCCGAAGGUCAAGGAUUGGACUGAGAUUGACAACAAGUAAUACCAGCUCUGGCAAUGGACAGGCGGUCAUUGUGACACUGUCUGAUGAUGACUUGAAUGAAAUCAAAAGAAUUGAUGCUCUCUUUAUUGACAAUGCCACCUCCUAUGUCACAGUGACACCUGACCUUAUACAAGACAUGAUGGGAAAUGAUGUGCGUUCCAUUGUCAACGGUUUUGCUCUCCGUACUAGUGGUUUUAUACCAGACAGUGGUCUUCCCUACAUAUCCAGCUACCAGCUAGACAUGGAUGAGGGUUAUGUCACACUCUUCUUCUCUGAAACAGUAAACAUUUCUAGUCUCGACUGUGGGGAGAUUACGUUCUCUAACUCAAUGGACUGCUCAGUUUUGUACACACUGACUGAGUGCACAAUUGACACAACCAGUGUCCAAUACACCAGCUUUGAUGUUGGAACAAGUGGUAGUGGCAGUGGUGACUAUGGCAGUGCUCCUAAAUGGAUCACACCCUAUCAUUACUCAACUAAAGUGGCAUUCUUCCUGUCACUCAGGGAUUUAAAUCGACUGAAGGCGCUUGAGAUUGCUCCACUGGCCCAGUUCACCUAUCUCUCAUACACCAACCUAACUAUUCAUGAUCAGAGUGAUCUGUCUCUGGUGGGAAGAGAGUGUGUUGGUACUGGUCUGCCCAUCUAUGGCCACUGACUUUACUGAGGAUACCACCCACCCUGAAAUACGCAGCUUCAACCUCUCAAUGAAUGACGAAGUAAUUGUCAUAAGCUUUUCUGAGACAGUCCGAUCUGAAACACUGAAUGUGCACCUCAUUUCAUUACAGAAUGAAAACUCUUCUGAGCUUGCUACUCAAACCUACACUCUUGGUUCUGACAUAUUAACUCGCACAUAUGAUGGACCCACAGACAUACUAACUAUCAAGUUGGGGAGAGAUGACCUCAAUGUUAUCAAGUUCCUGGCAGAGUUAGCAAUUUCAAAUACAACCACUUACAUCACUGCUGAACCACUGUCAAUCAUGGAUAUGAAGAGCCUCGCUCUUGUAGGCAUCAACACAUCCAAUGCCCUUCAAGUGAGUCAUUUUACUCCUGAUGAAAUGCCACCACUGCUGAGAGACUAUGUACUUGACCUAAACCUUGGUUGCUUACAUUUAACUUUUGUGGAGACAGUAAACGUAACUACUCUGAACUAUAAUGGACUAAUACUACAAGUUAUUCCUGAUCUGAGUGUGUUUGAUAAUACAACUGGCAACAGCUCUAAUAUGACGGACAUAGAAAGUUCAUCUGGUUCAGGGAGCGGAGCACCGGUCGAUAUAACACUGUAUGAGUCAUGUGAUAUUCUUUACUUCCGUUUGACUGGAGGGUACACACUGACUCCAAAAAACAGCCCUGAGGUAUCUUUCAACUUUACCUGGGAUGAUCUGAAUGACAUCAAGCGGGAGACUUGUCUUGGAACUGUAGUGAGCAAUACUUACGUCAGUAUCGAUGUGGGGACUAUCUUGGACAUGAAUGAGAAUCCAAUCGAAGAAGUUGAUAUAAACUCUGGUAAAAUUGCACUGAGUGUCAUCCCAGACGAUACACCUCCAAAUCUCGGCAGUUUUGAUCUGAACAUGACGACUGAGAUUUUGACUCUCUAUUUUGAUGAAACUGUUGACGUGGAGACAUUUGAUCCCCAGAGAGAUCACUUUCUAUGCCUCUCCUCUGCAGCUCCUUGUUGAGGUGGUAAACAGUACAGAGAUAAACUCCACCAACAGUUCUCUUGAAUACUACUAUUACUACUCCAGUGAAGUCAACUACACUCUGCUAGGUGGUUAUGUGCUUGGAAGAGAUGAUCCAGUUAUAGACCUAAAGCUGGACCUAGUAGAUCUGAACAGAAUCAAAGCUAUUGUCAGACAUUGCUACUAGAGCAAGUAACACGUAUCUCAGUAUUACUAAUGACACAGUAUCUGACAUGAAUGCGAACAAAGUAAAUGCUAUCCUGCCAGAAGACGCUAUCAAAGUUUCAAUUUUUGGCGCCGACAAAAUCUCACCAGAGCUUUUAUCGUUUGAUUUGAACCUCAAUAACUCACAGCUUCACCUGACCUUUGAUGAGACUGUGAAUGUAUCAUCACUUGUGCUAGCAGAGAUUACACUACUGUCAUCAAACUCGUCUUCACCUACUCAGGAAUGGGCCCUCACCGAUGGUAUUGCUCCACUGUACAGCUACUCUGAGAGUGAUGAUGGUCCAGUGGUAAUUGUCAAUCUCGGCAGUGUUGAUACAAAUGAAAUCAAGCGACUUACAUCUCUUGCAAUUUCCAACGCCACCACCUACCUCUCCCUCACUCCCCAGGCCAUUUCUGACAUGACAGGAAACCACAUCCAGGAAAUUACCUACAGCAUGGCUCUUCAAGUAACCGAGUAUACUGAAGAUGAGAUAUCCCCUGUACUAAUUGAUUUUUACCUUGAUCUGAACACUGGUGUCCUAACGCUUGUGUUUGAUGAAACUGUCAAUGCUUCAUCCAUUGUGGUUCCAUAUCUUCUCUUGCAAAAUGAUUCCUUGUCCCCACUGAGUUCCCUGGCCAUCUAUAGCAGUUUGGUAAUUUCAAUGGACAAUCACACACUCUAUAUAGAGUUUGGAAUAGAUUUUCUGAACCAUCUCAAGAGAGUUGAUGACCUGGCCACAUCUCCCAAUGACACAUACCUCUCUUUUCCAUCUGCAUCCCUCAUAGACAUGAACGGAAAUGAGGUUGUAUUUAUCAGCAACACUUCAGCAAAGCAGGUUCGUGGCUUUACUAAUGACACUAUGAGACCAGUUUUGCUUGACUUUGAUCUGGAUAUGGACAAAGGUGAACUCACCUUGUAUUUCUCUGAGACUGUCAGAGUGUCGACUGUGCAAACAGCUGAAAUUGUGUUCUCACAGUUUCCCUUCGAUUCUGAAGGAGUGAAUGGGUCUGGUAUAGACCAGGUAUCAGGUGUGUCCGGCUCAUUGAGUGGAUCUGCAUCAGGGAGUGGAUCUCCCGAGUCUGAAUUCAAAGUUGAUCGGUACAGACUCACAGGUGGCCUCGUGCAGGAGAGUGACUCCCAUAUAGUCACUAUUGACAUCACACUAUACGACCUGAAUGAGAUCAAGAAACUUAGAAAUUUGGCCACAUCAUUGGAGAAUACAUACAUUCUUGUUAGUUCAGAGGCACUCGAUGACAUGUAUGAUAACCCGGUGGUACCACUGAUCGAAGGAGAAGGGAAAAUGGUGUCAAACUUUUCAAAUGACACGACUCAACCAGACGUUGUUUGGUAUCACCUGGACAUGGACGCAGACAGUCUCAUCAUCUCAUUCACUGAGACAGUUGACCUCCGUACUCUCGUAAUUGACAAUCGUAUUACAUUCUACAACACAAGUGAUUUUAGUGGAGAGUUUUAUGCACUUAGUGACAGUACCACCACUUCACCUGAUGGGCCACUAGUUAUCAUAUCCCUUUCUCCCAAGGAUUCAAACCAACUCAAAUUCCUAAGAGAACUAGCCAAUGCAAAGGAAACAACUUAUCUGCUUUUGAACAAUACUAUUCUGGAUAUGGUUGGUAAUGUGAUUACUCCACUUUUCAACGGUUCUGUGCAGCCAAGGCCUGCCAAUAUGUUCACGAAUGACAGCACACGACCGUCCCUAGUUUCAUUUGACUUCGAUCUAGAUAUGGGCCUCCUGCACUUGACUUUCUCAGAAGUAGUUGAUGAUAUAUUCGAGCCUUCAUUCACCAUCCAAAAUGACCUUGUCCCAACAAACACCACUCAAAGUGUCACUCUCACUGGCUCACAAUCCAUCUAUGGCCCGUCACUUCUUCCUGAUGGUCCUGGCCACCCGCCGCAAGUAACAAUCUCACUCUUGGAUGACGACUUGAACGAAAUAAAGAGACUAGAUCACCUUGCAGUGUCUGAUGAAACAACAUUUGUUGCAGUAACUGAGAUUGGGGCAGUGGAUUCAUUUUCUAAUCAACUUGUGAACGAUACACUCGAGGUCAGAGAAUGGACUGAUGAUGUAACCUGGCCACAGUUGGAUGAAUUCUUCUUCUCUGCCGAUACUGGUGUUCUUAGACUAACAUUUGAUGAGACUGUCAGGUUUACAACUUUCAAUGCAACUACAGUUACUUUUGUCAAUACUGAGAGUGGCUCAGAGUAUUCUCUACAACAUCAUCCACCUAGUGAAGGUGCCAGUGUGAGUGAGUAUGACUCAACUGUAAUUAAUCUAACCCUCGCUAAUGACGACCUGAACGAGAUAAAGAUUCUGAGCGAUCUUGCUAUAUCAAACACAACAACUCAUGUCUCUUUGGAAAUGUACACCAUUGCAGAUAUGAGAGGGAAUCCUCUCAAUAUUUCAAAUUUGCCUCAGAUGGUAGCAGUGUAUGAUGCUGAUGUAACUAGACCUAAACUGAGUGCUUUUGAUCUUGAUGUUGAUAAUGGGCUUCUCACUCUCUACUUCACUGAAACUGUAAAUGUCAGCACACUGGACAUACAAGAAAUAACACUGCAGCCUACUGAAGAUGAUGGUACACAAUUACUCUCGUACACACUGAUGUUCACUGGUCCUGCACCAGAAGGAACCUUCAGUAAUAGCACUGAUGGACCGAUAAUCAAGGUGUAUAUAGGAGACGAUGACUUGAAUGAGGUGAAACGUAUACCAGAACUUGCCACUUUGGCCAACAACACGUAUAUCAGCAUAUCUUCCUUGGCAGUACGGGACAUGGUAGACUUGCUGGUGGAGUCAGUGGAAAUGCUCAAUGCAACUGAAGUACGCUCCAAUGGGUACACACCAGACACCACUCGUCCUCAGUUGAUAUCCUUUGACUUUGACUUGGACUCUGGGGUUUUAGAGUUGACUUUUGAUGAAACAGUAGAUGCAGAAACGCUUGACCAGACCAAAGUAAUUGUGCAGAGCUUGAUGUUGGAUGAUUCUUCACUCCAGCACUAUCAGCUAAUGACAGGAGAACUACUCUCAAUGGAUGACCCUGUUAUCCUCUACAAUUUGAGUUUCAAUGAUCUGAACAAUGUUAAACUGCGAAGGAGUUUGGCCAUCAGUGAAAACUCCACCUUUAUAAACCUGGCACAGGGUACUGUAUUUGACAUGGCUUAUGAAUCAAAACCAUCUGUUCCAGUCAUUAUGCGCGUGGACAACUUUACUGAUGAUGAUACUUAUCCAAACCUGCUCAAUUUUGUCGUAGACAUCAAUUCAAGUCAACUUAUUCUAAACUUUGAUGAGCCGGUUGACCAUCGCACCCUCCAGAUACCUCAGAUAACAUUACAGUCAUCUGCCAACAGGUCAAAUGAUCCAAGUCUCUACUUCACACUGCAGUCUAGUAACAGCUCCAGUGGUAGUGGCCUAGAAAUUAUUGUAGAUCUCAGCGUUGAGGAUGUGAAUGAGUUAAAAUACAGGGAGGGGCUUCUGGUUGAUCCGGAAACAACUUUUAUCUCUGUUACUGAGGAUUUGAUCCGUGACAUGAGGGGAAAUCCGCUAGUUGCCAUUGCGCCAGAGAGUGGGCAAAGAGUGAGAAUGUACGUAGCUGACGACACUAGACCACACCUCCUUGAGUUCCACCUGGACAUGGAUGCAUCUCGACUACACCUGACCUUCCUUGAAACAAUGAACGCCUCUAGUAUCAACUUCACCUCAUUCGUGCUCCAAGUUGACUCUCAUAUCGUCGAUGAACAGCUACAGUAUCGUCUAACAGAGGGUGUGCUAGAGUCAUACGAUGACAGCACUGUCAUCACUAUCAUCAUUUCCCUCAGAGAUCUCAAUGCUAUCAAAGCACUUGAAAUUGGAACGUCGACUAGUUCUUCAUGGCUUGUGGUCGAUCACUAUGGCAUCGCUGAUCAGUACGACCUUCCAAUUGUACCACUCAUGAAUGGAGUCAAUGCACAGCGUGCAACACAGUACACAGUUGACACAACUCGCCCAGAGCUUGAAAUGUUUACCUAUGACCUCAACUCUGGGGAGCUGACCCUGUACUUCUCAGAGACUGUAAGAGUUAGCUCUCACAACAGUACAACUAUCACUUUCCUAAAUGCUGCUACAUCCUCUGAAGCCACUGAUACUUACACAGUAUAUCAACAAGGUUCAGCCUCUGGUUUGGAUAAUGGCCUUGAGGUCCCUGACAGUCAUGUUGUUGUGGUGAAGCUCACAGAGUUUGACCAGAAUGAACUCAAACGUCGGCCAGACCUUGCUACAAGUGAUGCUACUACAUUCCUGUCAGUACGCAGCAGCACAGUAUAUGACAUGCAGAUGAAUUAUCUAGUCCCAAUACCACUCUCUGGAGCUUUCGGUACGGACACCGUUUAUCCGGAUAUGACUAGCCCUAGUCUCGACUCUUUUGCUCUGGACAUGGAUUCAGCCAACCUGACCUUGACCUUCUCUGAAACUGUCAAUGCUUCUUCCCUUGUUCCUACUGGCAUAACGUUCUCUAGUCCUAACACCAGCUAUAAACUGACUGGAGGAUUUGUCAUUGACUACUACAGUACUAUCGUCACCAUCAACCUGAAUGAUGCUGACUUUGAUCUCGUCAAGUCUAUGCGCACAUUAUGUACUGGUGGUAUUACCUCCGAUUGCUUACUCACCAUUGAGGGUGAUUCUAUUCUUGACAUGAGCAUGAAUGGAAACACUCCAACUGAGCUUGAGCCAACCAGUGUCAUAACUGACACAACACCUCCCUACCUUGUCUACUAUGACCUGGAUUUGAAUGCGGAAGAACUGCGUCUGACAUUCUCAGAAGUGAUUGUCACUGGCGGCGAUGCUACAGUACAGGCAAUCACACUGCUAGCCACACCAUUUGAGUUUGAUGCCCUGAGUAACGAUAGUAGGGGAAUCUACAUCAAUGAGUCUGACCCUGAGAGCUAUGCUGGUAUAUUGCAAGCCUAUACACUCAGCAGUGGAGCCCUCACUGGACCUAACACCGUUCCUAACCAUCCUCCAGUCCUGAUUGUCAGUCUCACUCACAAAGACCUGAAUCUCCUCAAGAGUUUAGAGUUUGUUGCAACAGGGUUCGAAAACACCUACCUCCUUAUCGCCCCCGAGGCUGCCACAGACUACAGUGGCAAUCCACUAAUGAGGCAAACAUCAGGAAAACAGGUGAGAGUCUACACUCCAGACCAACAGAGACCACAUCUGACUGACUUUGAACUCGACAUGAACCUUGGCAUCAUUACCAUGACCUUUAGCGAGACUGUUAAUCGCUCCAGUCUACUCACAUCUAUGAUAUCUGUGCAAGGUUCAACAGACCAUGCUCAAAGUGAUAUAUACACACUAACUGGGGGCGUGUCCACCAGCUAUGAUAAUCCUGUGAUUGAGAUAGAGUUGUCAGUGACAGAUGUCAAUGAAAUCAAGAGAAGGACCCUGAUUGCUGCAGAUAACUCAACGGCAUAUCUGUCACUCAAUGAGUUCACAAUUGCAGAUCAAGACGGCAAUCUUAUUCAACCAGUACUAGCCGACAAUGGGAACUUGGCAAGGAAGUAUGUUCCCGAUACUACCAAUCCUCAGCUGGUUCGGUUCUCCCUGGAUUUGAAUACUGGGUACUUCCAUCUCACGUUUGAUGAGACUGUUGAUGUGUCAACCUUUGAUGUUGAGACUCUGGUUCUGGGUGAGAACACUACCUCUGCAGGAGCAAACAUUUCACUUGAAGUAGGGACCCUACUGUCCAAUGACAGUACAGUUCUUACUUACCGUCUGAGCGAAGACGACCUGAACUAUGUCAAACUUGAAAAUCUGUGCGCAUUUGAUAAGGACGGCGAAGACUGCUACCUGACAAUAUUCAAUGACACAAUACAAGACAUUAACUCAAAUCCGGUCACGGCUGUGGCUCUAGUUGUCGAUCAAUACUUUGCCGAUACAACAGAGCCAGAGAUAGUGUACGUCUCUGUCAAUAUGUCCUUGGGCAAUAUCACUCUCGGGUUUUCUGAAGUAGUCGAUGUGCGCACCUUUGAUCCGACAGAAAUUAGGCUACACGAAUCCCGAGAGAGUCAAUUUUCCACUGUGUUCUACAACCUCACAGGUGGAAGCAGGGUGACGCAAGAAAAUGGUCUCUUCAUUGACUUUUAUCUCAACCAAGAGGACUUGGAGAUUUUAAGACAGAAUGAAGAGCUUUUCAUUUCUCAAGUUACAUCAUUCAUCAGUGCUGGUGCAGGGACUGUGAGAGACUUGUCAAACAACCCUAUGAAGCCAAUUGAUUUCAAGAUUGCAGAUGACUAUGCUGAAGAUAUUAUAGGCCCCAGAGUAAUUGGAGCGAGUUUGAAUCUAACGGGGGGAACCCUGCAGUUAACAUUCAGUGAAAGUGUUCGUGCAUCCUCAUUCAGACCGACUGAAAUCACACUAGUAAACCAGGCAAACACAACUCUCAAUAGUACUGUAAGUUAUGUGUUGACUGGAGGAGUAUUUGGCACGGAACCAUCAUUUGACAGCACAGUUAUUACUGUUGCUCUGACACCAAGUGAUAUCCAAGAAAUCCAGGCUAGAGACACCCUCGCUACAUCUGUCGCUGAUUCAUUCCUGACCUACACCUCUCUCCUGGCCAAUGAUCUUGCUGAUAACCCAGCAGUUGUGGGGGCCAUACAGAUAUCUGACUAUUUCGAAGAUAGACUCGACCCACAACUGUUCAGCUUUAUUAGACUGGAUCUGUCGGAGAGACUUAUGAUUGUUGCAUUUGAUGAACCGGUCGACAUUUCAAGUAUAAAUAUCUCACUCUUCUUUCUGCAAGGACCUGAAGACAAUGGUCUUGGGGAAACUCCACAAAUAACGCUGACUGGAGGCACUUUCAGCUACUUAGAACCAGAAGCAAAUCAAAAGAAAGUGCUUAUUUUACAUUUCAAUCGAGAAGACUACAAAGCAAUUGUUCUCGAUAGAUUCUUUGGAAAGAGCAUAGAAACUACUCACAUAUCACUACCGUUGGGAGCGGUGUUUGAUUUCGCACGUAACCCACUUGUAGAUGUUCCUGAAACAAAUGCAGUUAGAGUACAGGAACUCAUUGAGGACCUCACAAUUCCAAAGCUACUGGAGUACGAUCUUGACCUUAACGCUGGCCUGGUCACACUUGAGUUUGACAAUGUGAUGAAUCCUGCCACACUUGAUCCUUCUGCAAUCACCUUCCAAAAUAAUAAGUCUGCGACCACUGACUAUGACUUGGUUGGAGGGAAAACAAACAGCUCAUCAGACUAUACCAUUGUGCUGGAGUUGGCAGAUAUAGACCUCAACGGAAUAAAACGCAACACUGAAAUAGCAACCGGUGACUACAACACUUUUAUAACAUUCUCUGCUGAUUUAAUUGACAGCCAUGGAGGUGUAAUUGACCCAGUUUUUCAAGUUGCAGCAGGAGUUGACGUUCUUGCAAUCACAAAUGGAAAUGCGAAGAUGGUUCGAUAUUUUACACCGGACACCAACAAUCCUUCCUUGGUCAGUUUCAACCUUGACCUAAACCGAAAUGAACUCACCCUCAUCUUCAAUGAGACAGUUGAUGCAAGUGAGCUGAAUCUAACAACUAUCACCCUUCAGAAUAAUUACACCAAUCCAACUACGCUACUGAGUCUUACUCUUCGUACACUGGUCAUGCCUACCACCUCAAGCCAAGAUGACGGCACAGUGAUUGUCAUCAGUCUGGGUUUUGAUGAUCGCAACGACAUCAGGGGAUACACCAACUUG